AGAGGUGUAUAAAUACGGACUGAUUCGGACCAGUUUCAUCAGUUGCUCAUCUGAGCUCAACACAGAAUUACAACAGCAAAAGAAUUCACUUACACUCGAACCAGCAAAGGAUUUCCAAAAUGUUACACGCAAAGUUAUUGGCCGCUUUGGGUAUGGUGUUGUGUCUACUUGUGCUUUCAAAUGCAGCACCGUAUUCAAACAAAUGUACACGAGGAGUAAGCGGUAUUGUAUGCGGCGAUAACGGUGUUACCUACGACGAUGCGUGCGAUGUUGAUGACGACGAUGAUGAUACGAAUGGAAAUGGAGGGGUACAGGUUGCUCAUUCAGGAUCAUGCACUAGAGGAAGUCACUCUCCUGCGGCUCCUCGUGCUCCUGCACCACACGCUCCAGCGGCACCGUAUGCUCCAAUCGCCCCGUACGCACCCCAUGCUCCUGCAGGAGGUGUCCAUGCUGGCACUAGUGGAGAAACUGGAUAUGGACAUGCUCCUUCUCCAGGCGUUGUCGGUUAUGCUCCUCCUCCCUACGCUCCAGGAGCUCCAUAUGCUCCUCAUGCUCCAGCAUCAGGAGUUCCCAGUGGUACAAGUGGAGAGACUGGCUAUGCUCCUGAAGGUCCAGCUGUUGGCUAUGCUCCUGGAGGACGUGCUCCCUACGCUCCAGUGGCUCCAUAUGCUCCUAAUGCUCCAGCAGCAGGAGUUCACAGUGGUACAAGUGGAGAGACGGGCUAUGCUCAUGUAGGUCCAGCUGUUGGCUAUGCUCCUGGAGGACCUGCUCCCUACGCUCCAGGGGCUCCGUAUGCUCCUUAUGCUCCAGCAGCAGGAGUUCAUAGUGAUACAAGUGGAGAGACGGGCUAUGGCCCUGUAGGUCCAGCUGUUGGUUAUGCUCCUGCUGCUUCCGGUGUUGGUUAUGCUCCCGAAGAGGGCGCAUUAGGCUACGACUUUGACGGAGACGACAGCGAUAGUGGGGAGGAUUAUCAUGGACAAGAGGCUGCCCCCGGUGCUCCUGUAGGAUACGCCCCAGCAGCUCCGGUCGGAUAUGCCCCAGCAGCUGCUGGAGGAUACGCCCCUGCCACACCUGUCGGGUAUGCUCCAGCAGCUCCUGGUGGCUAUGCUCCUUCUGACACUGGUCUCGGAUGUGGUGGAUCUGACAGUGAAGAGGGUGGUGACGACAGCAGUGAUGAAGAUGGCUGCGGUCUAGCUGCCCCACCAGGAGGUGGAGCUCCAGGAGCCGCUGCCCCUGCACCAGGUUAUCCUCACGCGCCUCCUGCACCUCGUGCUCCAUAUGCCCCACAUGCUCCCAUCCCAGGUGCUCCUUCAUACGCUCCCGGUGCUCCGUUUGCACCAUAUGCUCCAGGCCCCAAUCAUGAUGCAUCGUCUGCGAUGGACGAAGAAGAGCAAAAUGAUCAAGGUGAUGAAGAAGAUAACGAAGACGAAGAAGACCAGGAUCAAGAAGAUAAAGACGAAGAAGAUCAGGAUGAAGAAGAUAAAGAUGAGGAAGACCAGGAUAAAGAAGAUAAAGACGAAGAAGACAAAGAUGAAGAAGAUAAAGACAAAGAAGACAAAGAUGCAGAAGAGGAGGAAGAAGAAGACAACGCAGACGAAGAGGAAGAUGCAGACAAGGAUGAGGAGGAUAAGAAAGAUGAGGAAGACAAUGGCGAUAAGGAAGACAACAGUGAUAAUGAGGAGGGUUGCAGUGGAGCCGAUUGCGCAAAGGAAGAGGGGAACACAAGGCCCAAUGCUUCGCUGAAGAAAGUCAACUUGUUUAACGAGUAACAGUGCUAAACGUCCUAUGCUAAUGAUCUGUGACAUUAACAUGACUAGCGAUAAACCUAGCUAUACUGAAGGCUACGUGCAUCUGACGUCUUAACAUGUGCUUUGGAGAAAACAUCUACCCUUAGGUCGGGCACUGGUGCAACUCGAGAGUGAAUGUUGGCAUCUAUAUUUAUUUACCCUAUUAUCCCUUUAUUUAUUUUUGUCUUUAGUUUGUUAACAUUACUUAGGAUAUAAAUCAAUUAUUUAUAGUGACACUGUUGAGAGACUAAGUGAAGAAUUACAAACUUGUUAGUUUCAUACUAUUCUCAAAGGCUGCUGUUAUAAAGACCUCACCGUCUUUUUUAUUAUAAUCAAGUAUGAUGUUCAAUUUUUAUUUAUUUUGGUAUUUGUAUUGUGAUAUCAGUUGGUUAAAAAUCUUGUUGUUAUUAAGGAAUUGGGAACAAAUGUUACGGUUCAUAUCGAUCAUGUAUAUGCUAUUGUGUAACAUUUGAAACUCCUGAAUGUGGGUGGUUUUGACUGCUCAAACGCAGACAUGAAAGGUAAUUACAUUAGGACGCUCAAUACAGUGUAUAUCAUCCAUCGGUAAAUGUAUUGUCAAAACUCUCCAUUAUCCUAUUGUACUUUUUUUGUGAAAGUUCUCAUUUAAUCGAAUUUCAUUGUGGCAUUAUAUUCAUGGAGUACUGACCUGUUUGUCCUAUUAUUUAUUAAUAUACAUAUUUUAUUGUUAAGAGUCAAUAUUUAUGAUUUUUUUUCCCCGAUCAGUUAGUUUAAAUGUCAUUUUGUUUUAUUAUUAUUCUUUUAUUUCGAAAAAGUGAUUAAACGAAAUAAUAAAACG